AUGGCGUCUGCAGCAUUAGGAUGGCAUGCGAAUUUAGCCAAGUGGAUUUUUCAGACACACCCAGAAACUACAGUGAAUGUUAAAUCUCAGAACCCAGAGCUCAGGACAUAUUAUAUGAACGUUAUCUUCGGCGUCAUGAGGACAAUUGACCACAAUAAAUCGCGUGAUGUUUCUGUUUAUGAAUUAAGCAACGCUUACAAGGGUUUGUCUGAUUUGACACAAGCUGAUUUUAAGGUGGAAUGGUUGAGGCCAAAGCUUGAGACGGUUUCCUUGAAGAUGAAGAAUCGUAAUGCUUACGAAGCUUGGAAAGCUGAGUUGAAAAAGGAGAAGGCCAAGUUAAAGAAGCAUAGUUCCUUAAGGGUUCUUUUGGGAAGAUUCUUCUGCUUAAAGACAUAA